AUGGAGAGUGUUCCAGAAGGCCUGGUGUCUGUCUCGGACAAAGUGUCGGCUGAGCUUGGUGGUAUUGACGCUGUGGAUGUCGGAGAUAUCGUGCAGUUGUGGAAAGCAUACAACACCAACCCAUCGGUCCACGAAGGAAAUGCAGGAUACCGGCUGCAGAACUUCUUCUGGAGAAUCUGGAGUAGCGAGCGCCUUAGCACCUCCCUCACCGGCUCAAAGCUGGCCCGUCUAUUCCUCCAAAUCUCAGAACAUACUACCACUAAUACUACUAAUUCGAUAAGAAUGGCGAGCGAGGAAUCCGAGCCACACUCAUCCAGUUCGAAAAGUGAUUGGAAACACCAACACCCGGCUGGCCACCCCAGCAGUGCGGUGACCACUACAAAGCCUCCACUCCCCCCCAUCCUCAAGAAAUCAAAUAGCUCAUCCCAGGGCGAAACGCAAAAAACAACUCGUCUGCUGUUAACAGGAUUGGGUGGAAAGAGUGUUACGCGGAAACCCUCAAACCCACCAACGCCCAUCCCUCCUUCCCGGCCUGUUGCCUUCGACGAGCAGCUGCAAGGUACGACUACUUCUAAUAGUGGUGCCCGCCCAAGUCAGAAGAAGACUUUUACAGUAGCUAGCAAGGCAAAGAGCUCCAAGCGUCGCCCUGUGCUUAUGCGGCGCAAAUCGUCGCAACAGUCUUCUAUCCCAACCACACGCGCUCAUUCUCCCCAGUUUCAAUCACCUCCUUCCGAUGACAAAGCCUUAGAUAUGUCAAUAGUGCAGGAAGCUGAGAUAGACGAAGAGGCAGUGGAAGAUUCGCCUGAUGAGCCAGCAGCUAUUACCAGGGUUACCUCAACAGCCUUAUUUUCAAGCUCAACAAUGCCAGCACCAGCGCCAGACCCAUCCGCAGGCCCAGCGCCGGAACCAGCUGCAGAUACAGACAUAGAAGAAGACCCCCAACUUCCACCGGCGUUACUCGCCGACCUUAAAGCCCUCCUCCAUAAAAACACCCCUCUCCCACCUCUUCGCCCUCGCUCUUCACCUCCCCUUGUCGGCUUCUUCUCCGCGACAGCAUGCCGUUACUAUGACGUCCGAAACGUCUCUCAAGAAAACUAUGAACAACCAAAGCCUGUUUCACCUCUGGUUGACCGGGACUUCCGGGCCCGCUUCGCGGAGCAGAAAAGACUAGCGGAUGAAUACUACGCCCAGUACUACCGCCAGAAGGAACUGGAGGAGCAGCAGAUGCCUCCUUUGCAUGAUAAUGUGAAUGCAGACGUCAUUGUGAAUACUGAUCCCACCCUCGCAUCAGACUUAUUCAUUUCACAUUCCACCGAGGCAGAAACGGAACCAAGAGCCCCAACAAGAACAGGAACAGCAGAAACUACCUCUCCCUCGAAGUCGCGGUUCGGCGAUUCGCACCCCAAAUCCCAGGGCGCAUCAACAAUAGCAACAUCGAUUCUUGCGAGUGGAAGCGGGGGCGCGCAUCCGCAUCUGGGUAACCAGGGUAUGUUUUCCUCUGGGUCAGACACAGAACCGCUUUCCCCUCCACCUCAAACUGGGAGCGCAAGUGCAAUGGCAGUACCGGUGCCGAUGCAGGCGCCAGGGGGGAAUCCAUUUCUACAGUCGUCGGCUCUUUCUGCCCCUCGUGGCCCGAGUGGAUUGAGUCUUUUGCUUGAACAAAGUCGGAGUAUGGGUCAGGAAACAGGAAUAGCCACGGGGGAUGAUUAUUUGAAUACCGAGGACCUCGAGAACGAGGAACCGUAG